UAAUUAUAUACAUUUUCAUUCAAUCAGCUAUAUGCGAGAGUUUAAAUAAACGUAAUUUUAAUGCGUAUAAUUAUACGUAGGAUUUGCAUUUUUGCACGCAACAUAUUACAAAGAAAAUUUGAAAUAAAGUAUCUACAUUAUGAGAAAAAUUAAACAUCUACGUGAAUAAUCACUGUCCAGCAACUCAAUGAGUGAACUUGCGUUUCAAUCCAGUACACAUACCAACCUUAGAUUAUAUUAUAAGUACCAUUAACAAGAUGAAAGAAAAUUGAAAAAACCGCAAAGCACUUUUUACUAUAAACUUUUCAUGAAAACGUAAGCAAAAUAAAGGGUUUUUUAGCAUUAACGAUGUUUCUUCAAAAUAAAAGAAGAAAAUCUUUUUAUACGCAAAUUAUUACAAAAAAUUAUAUUAAAGACAUACAAAAUGGAUUUACCGUAUGUUAAUUUUAAAAUUAAAUCGAAUUAAAAGAAAAAUUAAAAUUAUGGUUGCUGUGCGUAAAAAGUGAGAAGCGAUAGGUGAUUGUGACAAUUUUACACCUAUGAAUAUAAUAUAGACGUACGUAGAAUCGAUAAGAUUAUUAAUUGUUUUAGUUAAAAUCGUAAUACAAUAAUAUUAACUUUCGUGGUAGUAUUGUUAAGAAAAAAAUUAAAUUGAGAGUUUCAGGAUUACAAAAUCAAGCUGAACUAACAUGGGAGUCUUCUAGAAUGAUUGUGCAACGUGUUUAUGAUAAGACCAUUUGUUUUUUUUUUGCAUCUUUUUUGUCUGUAUUAUAGUGCCAAUGUCUUGGGGAUAUAACAUAUUGAGUUCGAAAAUUGAUUGAGACAACAUCGUGCUUAGUGAGUUGUGAAUAAUAAUUAUCAUUAUUAUAUAAUGAAGCAAUUUGGUAUCCUUAUAAUGCGAUGCCUGUUGAAAAAAUUUAAUUGCAUUUAAUUGAACUAUAAAGUGAUCUGUAAAGAUAAAAUAAUUGAUUGAUGAUUUGUUGAUGUUGCUAAAUAGUGUUAUAUUACUUCUUAUCUGUCUAAAUAUGUAAGUGAUGGAUAAAGAAAUAAAAGUUAAAUUAUAUGAAAGUACGAUGUCAGAUUUAGAAAAGAUUAAAAAAUUGAAUCAACUCAUAAAUAAUGAUAAACUAAUUUGAAGUGAAAAUAUGCUUUCGAUUAUGUGUGCAAUGAGUGACAACAGAGACAUGAUUUUGAAGAGAAGUUUUCAAUAUCUGUAGAUAAAAAGAAAACAGCAUGAAAAUGUCACAAUCAGCUGAUCUUUAUUGGAUUCCUUUAUCACUUAAACCUGCAAGUAGCAUACGGCAAUAGCAAUUAUCUGAUGUGAUAGUUACGAAUAUACACUCAGUGUAACAAGUUGGUUUAGAAAAUCUAUUCUACAUAAUUUUUUUUAUUUGGAUAAUAUUUUUUUUUGUUAAAUGGUUCUUCGUAAAAUCUAAAUUACAGCGGAGAAAAAUUUAUUUAGUCAAUAAUUAUUAUUGUAAUGGUAAAAUCAAUCAUGUUAUCCAUCCGUCUUACUCUUUUUCUUUUGGCUAUUUUUGUGAUCAUGAGUGUCAAUGCUAAUGCCGCUUAUCGAAAACCACCAUUCAAUGGAAGUAUUUUUGGCAAAAGAGCCAACUCUAUAUCAGACUACGACAUGACCAAUCGCGCCAUGGAUGCUAUCUGCGAAAUCGCAAGAGAUAAUUGCAACACGUGGUACACUCGUCAGGAUUCCAUUUAAUAAUUUUUCACCCCAAGCUUCGAGUAUAUCAACAAAUAUCUUCAACAAUAAUUUCUGCUGAUUUUAUUGUAAAAAUGCUUCUUCUCAUGAUUUAAAUACUAAAAAAUUAUCAAGUG